UCUGAUCAACUCAAAUGGGAAUGUGAAGGGUUAAGGUCUGUUCCAUAAACUCCCACUUAAGGAUCUCCUCUGGCAGCCUGUGGUGGGGCUUAAAAUCCUGAUUUGACAGAUCACAUUUUACUCACAGGCACCAAGAAAAUAGCCAACCACUGCCUGCACUGCGCUUCUGCUCUUUAACGUGGCAGAACACAUCCAAGAGUCUUGAGAUACAAUGGGAACGAGGUUGAGAAUGCUCAUAUCAGCAGUCAUAGUGGCAUCAUGUGUGCUCUCAGCAUCUGGUGCACACUAUCACACUCACAGGUAUCACAGACUGGAGGAUGUAGCACUUACUGAGGAAACCCAUGCAAGGGCACAGAGGAAUAAGAGGGCGACAGAUGACACCCCCGAUGACUCUACCCCAUUGGCUCCUGGAGGAGACCCUUUAGACCUUCCAACUUGUCUACUGUGUGUGUGUCUAACUGGAUCAGUCUACUGCGAGGAGGUCGACCCAGAGAUGACGGCAGUGCCAGCUCUGCCAAAGGAGACAAACUACCUCUACGCUCGGUACAACAAGAUAAAAAAGAUAUCAGCCAAAGAUUUCAAAGAUCUCGUUACUCUGAAGAGAAUCGACUUCACGGGAAAUAUCAUUUCUGAGAUUGAAGACGGUGCGUUUGCGAAGCUUACCAUGCUAGAGGAGCUCUCACUAGCCGAAAACCAGCUGGUCAAGCUACCAAUGCUACCGGCGAAAUUAGUCUCCUUCAACGCGAACCACAACAAACUGAGGACCAAAGGAAUCAAGUCAAAUGCUUUCAAGAAAUUAAGCAAACUGACACAUCUGUAUCUUGCUCACAAUGAACUGGAGGCGGUUCCUCUCAUUCCAGAGACUGUCCGCACACUUCACCUACAGAACAAUAACAUUUCAAGCGUGACUGUGGACACCUUCUGCAAAAGUAACAACACCUACUACAUCCGCUCCAACAUGAACGAAAUCCGCAUGGAUGGAAAUCCAGUCAACCUCGGCCAGUACCCCAACAGUUUCACAUGCCUGCAUUCUCUGCCAAUUGGGCGAUACCAAUGAAAACAGAAUCAAAGGUACACUACAGUGAGAAGUCCUUGGAUAGCAAAUGAUGAUGACUGAAACCGAGAAGCAAAAGUCAUUCGGUCUCCUGGUGCUUGAGCAGAGACGACUGUAGAAGCUAAUAUCAUGAGAACCUGUAUUAUACAUCUAGUUAUGUAACAGCUGCCCAAACACUUAGAUUUCCUCUUGAUAUUGACGUUGUAGAUUAACCUGGACCGCAAGUCUUUGAAAGAAUAACUUCAUAUCCAUUGUAAAUAACCACUGGAGGCUACUGCUUUGAAAAAUGUGAGCUCAUGAAAAGCUGCAGUCAAGCUUCUAGUAUUCCUCAGAACUCUGUGAAUUUCUGACACCUCUAGUACUGUUAAAUGGUCUUUCUUUAGCUGAAAUUAAGAUGCCUGCUAAGUUAAUUAGAAGGCGAGGAACUCUUGCCAAAUUCCAAGUCACUGAUCUUUCCCAGCUGGCUUUACUUUAAUAUUUUGAAUAUUAUUUAUAUGCUAAAUUUGUAAUUACUACCUAUAUGUGAAUGAAACAUGAAUAGAGUGUACAGUAAAGCAUUGUAUGUUAUUUUUGCUUUUGUAGGUCAAAUACACUUUUAUUUCUUCCUAAAAA